UACCUCGGCGGAGCGGCUGGAGCUGGCGGGCUUUGCCGUCGCCAGCACGGCGCUGCCCAUCCAGAAGUCCCUGAGCGUGAUGGUGCUGGUGGUGGCGCUGGCCUCGGUCAUGGUUGCCCUCCGGAUGAAGGCUCUUCUGGCGCUUCCCAACCUGGUGUGCUUCGCUGUGCUCGCCGCCGUGCUGUUCUUCGAGUCUCUGAACAUCACCACCAACCCGUUCGCCCUCGCCUGCUUUUUCAGCCAGCUCAUCUGCGACCCUCUGCUGGAUGUGUACUUCAGUGGUCUCUCUGUGACCGAGCGCUGGCAGCCGUUCCUGGUCUGGCGGGGUCUGUGGCGCCGGUUGUCCCUGCUGCCUGUGAUGAUGGUGGAGGUGACCUUCAUCAUCCUGGCCGGCCGGAAGCUGACAGACCUGGACCAGUGGUACCUGACGAUCCCAGCCUUCGUGGUGUGUGUGCUCUUCUGGGCCAUCUGCCACAUGGUGUUUGUCAUCACGGUGUGGGGCUUUCACACCAAGCUCAGCGACUGCCAGAGGGUGUGCCUGUCCCAGGGGUCAGGGGUCAACGGCCUGGACAAGAUCAUGGCCUCCAAGGGAAUGAGACACUUCUGCCUCAUCUCUGUGCGCCUGGUGUUCUUCACGCUGGUGUCAACUGUGGCUGUCGCUGCUCUGUGCUGGCAGGCCUCCAGCAGUAUCUUUGUGAGCAUGUUUCUGCUCGUCCUGCCUCUGGAGUCUCUGUUCCACGGGCUUUUCCACGAGCUCGGGAACAGCCUGGGAGGAACCUGUGUGGGCUACGCAGUGGUCAUCCCCACCAACUACUGCAGCCCUGACGGUCAGCCCAUGCUGCUGCCUCCAGACCAGGUUCAGAAGCUGAACCGGCGCUCUACGGGCAUGUUGAACAGCGUGCAGCGCUUCUUCGCCCACCACCUGAUUGAGGCUUUCGGCUGCGACUAUUCCACCAGCGGUGUGACCCUGGAGGCUCUGCAGGCCAAGAUCAAAUCCUUCUUGGAGCUUCGCACGGCGGACGGGCCUCGCCACGACACCUACGUGAUCUUCUACAGCGGUCACAGUCACCGCUCUGGAGAGUGGGCACUGGCAGGAGGAGACGCUCUUCGUCUGGACCAGAUCUUGGAGUGGUGGAGGGAGAAGAACGGCAGCUUCUGCUCGCGCCUCAUCCUGGUGCUCGACUGCGACAACUCACUGCCAUGGGUGAAGGAAGUCAGGAAGGUGGAGGGCCUGCACGUGGCUGUGCAGGGAGCGACGCUCGCUCGAGCGACGGACGUCGAGCUGCAGGACCCCCCGCAGCUCGGAGACUUCACCUCUCAGUGGGUGGAGUACAACUGCAACCCAAACAGCACCAUCAAGUGGUGUGAGAGGGGCAGGGCGGUUUCCGCCACCUACGGCAUCUCCAAACACUGGAGUGACUACACGCUGCACCUGCCGACAGGAAGUGAUGUCACCAACCACUGGAGCAUGUACUUCCCUCGGAUCACAUACCCGGUGGUCCAGUUGGCGCUGUGGUGCAGCGGUCUGAACCUGCUGUGGCUCUGCAGCGUCUGCCUGCGAUGCCUAAAGAGAGUCAAACUUAACUGGUUUCCACCAGCAAUACUGGACACCGGCCAAGGCUUCAAACUGGUCCGAUCGUAGAUAUGAAGAGGGCCAUUUUUAUUUUCAGAAUAUAUUUCAAAAAGAAUAUUGUCUAAAAUUCAACAAGUGUCUUUGGACCCUGAAUAUAGGCAGCUAUUGGAUGGUAGAAAAACGAAUCACAGUUUCUGCCGCGUUUUGAGAUUUGUUUCUAGUACUAGUUUUUAUAUUCUUUGCAAAUUCUUCUAUUAAUGUGUCUUUUUAGCCUUGAUUUAUAGGUCAUCGGAUAGAUCUGUCGACGUGUGGGAUCAGACUGAGCACACUGAUGCUAUUUUUGCACAUUUAUGCAUUCUGUUAGACGUGAUUCCAACUUGAUUCUAAGAACAUUCGUGUUGUGCCUUUUACCGUAAAAUCACCAAAUAACAUCCAGGUCCCUAAACUGAUUUUUUACAUUUUUUAAACCUUAAACCAAAGUGACCGUGGUGUGUGCGUGUGUGUAUAUAUUCAGAGGAAGAUCUCAGGCAUAAAUAAUAUUCUGUUUCUAGAGCACAAAGUGUUACAUUGCUUUUAUUUUGAUUGUGAAAUGAUUCCUUUUACAGCCCUCUGUACUCUACUAUGCAUAAUGUGCUCCAAGCUUUGAGAAUAUCCAAUGCACUGCUUUAUGUCAGUUGUAACAGCAUUUUGUAUCGCUUUUAGGGGUUAUUUAUAAAUACACUCCAGCUGCUUCAGGGAAUUAAGAGAGUUUUUUAAACUGUACUGAUGAAUGCACUACAAGCUGAGGUAUGUGAGAACUCCAGGAAAUAAAUGCAUUACAUAAUGUGAUCCAUUUUUUCCCUGGGUUUGAUUGUAGUUUACUGGGCUAUGCAAGUUUAUUUGAACUAGUUUCAUGUGUUUGCAAUGGGAUUUGUGGGAAGAGGCCUCUGAUGGCUGAAAGAUGGCUGAAACUAUGCAAUAAAAGAGAAGUGAGACUUCACUUCUCAAAUCAA